CGAAUAUCUUGUUAACAUAAUACUUCAUCUUCGCACAGGCACCACUGUGGCGCGAACCACUGCAACGCUGUGAACUACUGCGCCGCACAGAGGAGCUACUGUAGAGAGCAGCCAUCAAGCAGUGUUGGGAAAACAACCGUAGAUUCUAGAUGCCACGUUUUUCAGUUGCCAAAUAACGUAUUUGAUUCAAAGUAACAGUGCCCAUUUUUGUAAGGUAUUCGGAUACAAAGUAGCCUCGUUGCGCAACCUUUGAAAGCUGUGGAAAAUAAGGAAGUAAAACGUUAGUUCUUGAUUUGGGAUUUUAAAAGAGGAGCAUCAUCAUCAUGUUCAGUUGGGUGAAUAAGGAACAAGGAGGCAGAAACAAGGACGGCGAGAUGUACCAAACUGUGACGGAGGGUCUUCAACAACUUUACUCAAAAAAAUUAUUUCCAUUGGAAGAAACCUAUCUUUUCCAUGAUUUCCACUCACCUGCGUUGGAGGCAGCGGAUUUUCAGAGCAAGCCAAUGGUUCUACUGGUUGGACAGUAUUCUACGGGGAAGACGACGUUCAUAAGGUACCUGCUGGAGCAGGACUUCCCAGGCAUGCGGAUUGGCCCAGAGCCCACAACGGAUGGCUUCAUCGCUGUCAUGUACGGGGAGAACGAGGGGAUUGUCCCUGGUAACGCUCUGGUGGUCGACCCCAAGAAACCCUUCCGUAAACUCAACGCUUUUGGAAACGCUUUCCUCAACAGGUUAAUCUGCUCCCAGAUGCCUAACCAGGUCCUCCAGGGCAUUAGUAUAAUUGACACACCAGGAAUCCUGUCUGGAGAGAAACAACGCGUUAGCCGAGGCUAUGAUUUCUCUGAGGUGCUGCGAUGGUUCGGAGAGCGGGUGGACCGCAUCAUCCUGCUCUUCGACGCCCACAAAUUGGACAUCUCAGACGAGUUCUCUGAGGCCAUCAAGGCUUUCCGUGGCCAGGAUGACAAGAUCCGUGUGGUGCUGAACAAGGCAGACCAGGUGGACAGCCAGCAGCUGAUGAGGGUCUACGGAGCUCUGAUGUGGUCCCUUGGGAAAGUCAUCAACACACCCGAGGUGGUGAGGGUCUACCUGGGCUCAUUCUGGGCCAAGCCCCUGCAGAACACGGAGAACCGGAGGCUCUUUGAGGCAGAGGCCCAGGACCUCUUCAAGGACAUCCAGGGCCUGCCCCGGAACGCUGCCUUACGCAAACUCAAUGACCUCAUCAAACGAGCUCGACUUGCUAAGGUGCAUGCCUACAUCAUCAGCUACCUGAAGAAAGAGAUGCCGUCGUUGUUUGGGAAGGAGAAGAAGAAAGAGGAACUGAUCAUGAGACUUCCUGAGAUCUACACCAUACUGCAGAGAGAGCACCACAUCUCCCCUGGAGACUUUCCCAAUGUCGUCAAGAUGCAGGAGCAGCUCCAGCACUAUGACUUCAGCAAGUUCCCCUCCCUGAAGAUGAAGCUGAUUGAGUCUGUGGACAAGAUGUUGGCUAACAAGAUCUCCGGCCUGAUGACCAUGAUCCGUGACGAGGAGAGCAUGGCACCCCCCGCCAUGGUGAGCGGUGGGGCCUUUGAGGGCUCCCAAGACGGUCCCUUCGGCCAGGGCUACGGAGAAGGCAUCAGCGCCGGGUCUGACUGCGAGGACUGGAUCGUGAGCCGUGACAAACACAAGUACGAUGAGAUUUUCUACUCCAUGAACCCCAUCAACGGAAAGAUCAGUGGAGUCAAUGCCAAGAAGGAAAUGAUGAACUCCAGUCUGCCCAACACAGUCCUGGGGAAGAUCUGGAAGCUGGCGGACUGUGAUAAAGACGGCAUGCUGGAUGACGAGGAGUUUGCCCUGGCGCAGCACCUGAUCAAGGUGAAGCUGGAGGGGUACGAGCUGCCCACCGAGCUACCUCACCACCUGGUGCCUCCCGCCCACAGGAAGAACGAGGUCGCUGACAUCCUCUACAACCAUGACGAGAACUAAAGACAAGCCAAAAAACACCAAUGGAGAGGACACUUCAACUCUAUUGUGUCCCAAUGCCCAAACUUGUGCACUAUGUAGUAUGGUGUAGAGGUUGACCGAUUAUGAUUUUUCAACGCCGAUACCGAUUAUUGGACGACCAAAAAAAGACGAUAACGAUUAAUCAGCCGAUUAAAAAAAAUGUAUUUGUAAUAAUGACAAUUACAACAAUACUGAAUGAACACUUAUUUUAACUUAAUAUAAUAUAUCAAUAAAAAUCAAUUUAGCCUCAAAUAAAUAAUGAAACAUGUUCAAUUUGGUUUAAAUAAUGCAAAAACAAAGUGUUGGAGAAGUAAAAGUACAAUAUGUGCCAUGUAAAAAAGCUAACGUUUGAGUUCCUUGCACAGAACAUGAGAACAUAUGAAAGUUGGUGGUUCCUUUUAACAUGAGACUUCAAUAUUCCAAGGUAAGAGGUUUUAGGUUGUAGUUAAUAUAGUAUUUAUAGGACUAUUUCUCUCUAUACCAUUUGUAUUUCAUAUAACUUUGACUAUUGGAUGCUCUUAUAGGCACUUUAGUAUUGCCAGUGUAACAGUAUAGCUUCUGUCCCUCUCCUCGCUCCUCCCUGGGCUCGAACCAGGAACACAUCGACAACAGCCACACUUGAAGCAGCGUUACCCAUCGCUCCACAAAUGCCGCAGCCCUUGCAGAGCAAGCGGAAUAACUACUCCAAGUCUCAGAGUGAGUGAUGUUUGAAACGCUAUUAGCGCGCACCCCGCUAACUAGCUAGCCAUUUCACAUCGGUUACACCACCAUUUGGCUGAUAGGCUUGAAGUCAUAAACAGCGCUGUGCUUGCGAAGAGCUGCUGGCAAAGCGCACGAAAGUGCUGUUUGAAUGAAUGCUUACGAGCCUGCUGCUGCCUUACAUUGCUCAGUCAGACUGCUCUAUCAAAUAUCAAAUCAUAGACUUAAUUCUAACAUAAUAACACACAGAAAUACGAGCCUUUGGUCAUUAAUAUGGUCGAAUCCGGAAAUUAUAAUUUCGAAAACAAAACGUUUAUUCUUUCAGUGAAAUACGGAACCGUUCGGUAUUUUAUCUAAUUGGUGGCAUACCUAAGUCUAAAUAUUCUUGUUACAUUGUACAACCUUCAAUGUUUUGUCAUAAUUACGUAAGAUUCUGGCAAAUUAUUUCGCAAUGAGCCAGGCGGUCCAAACUGUUGCAUAUACCCUGACUCUGCGUGCAAUGAACGCAAGAGAAGUGACACAAUUUCACCUGGUUAAUAUUGCCUGCUAACCUGAAUUUCGUUUAGCUAAAUAUGCAGGUUUAAAAAUAUAUACUUCUGUGUAUUGAUUUUAAGAAAGGCAUUGGUGUUUAUGGUUCGGUACAGUCGUGCAAUGAUUGUGCUUUUUUCGCAAAUGCGCUUUUGUUAAAUCAUCCCCCUGCGUUGCAUCGAUUAUAUGCAAUGCAGGACACGCUAGAUAAACUUGUAAUAUCAUCAACCAUGUGUAGUUAACUAGUGAUUAUGAUUGAUUUAUUGAUUGUUUUUUAUAAUAUAAGUUUAAGUCUAGCUAGCAACUUACCUUGGCUUCUACUGCAUUCGCUUAACAGGCAGGCUCCUCGUGGUGUGCAAUGAGAGGCAAGUGGUUAGAGCGUUGGACUAGUUAACCAUACGGUUGCAAGAUUGAAUCCCAGAGCUGACAAGGUAAAAUUCUGUCAUUCUGCCCCUGAACAAGGCAGUUAACCCACCGUUCCUAGGCCCUCAUUGAAAAUAAGAAUGUGUUCUUAACUGACUUGCCUAGUUAAAUAAAGGUGUAAAAAAAAACGUCCAAAAAUACCAAUUUCCGAUUGUUAUGAAAACUUGAAAUCGGCCCUAAUUAAUCGGCCAUUCCGAUUAAUCGGUCAACCUCUAGUAUGGUGUGAUGUAUUGGCAUACUAAGUCGUGUGCUAGUGUGGCUUUUGGGAUGCUUGUUUUUUUUGUCAGAUUUGACCCCUCCUGUUAGACAUUGAUCCAGGAUCUAGUAUUAUGCAGUAAUCCUACUAAUGUUGGAAUUAAAGGCUUUUUUUUGCCUUGAUAUUUUUGACUUACUUUUUUUUAUUAAAAAGUUGGUUGGUUAACUGUCUUAUCAAGUGAUACAGAGUCCCUCAGUUGAUUUUUUUUUCUUUUUUCUAUUCUUGGCAGUUUCGGGUAUACCAACACAUUUUCUUAAAGAUUUGAAGAAUCAGUUUCUCAGAUAUAUUUUUAGAUGCAUGGCAACUGAGUGUUUAUGAGCCAAGUCAUAUUUUUAACCUUUGUCCAAAGCUUUUAUUUUAAUCAAUGAAGGAUUUAUUCAAAGUAUGGACACGGCACUCAAGUUAAGUGAAAGUUAAGUUGUAUAUUUAUCCAGGAACAGUGUGUACCAUGCUGCCAAAAUGUUUAAAGUAAUAUUUUAAAAUAAAUAUAUUUCAAAAUUGUCUUAAAUAUGUUUAGUAUGUAGUCAAAUUAUAGAGGAAGAAAGUAUGUGGAAGUGUGUUCCUGAACAAUUACGUGCUUGGAAAGAUUUAUGGGUGGGAGAGGUUGAUGUGAUAGACUGGACAAAGGUUAGAGUGCAUCUCCUCUUGUUUUAACAGUCAAUGACAAUGGAAGUGUCUUGGCCAGUUGACCUACUGGGAAAAACAAUUUUUUUCAGAGAGCACAAUCUGGUUUUGCAAAAUUACUGCCGUUGCUUCAAUACUAGAAUUUCUGCAAUUGUUAAGAAAAAAAUAUGGGUUACCAAAACAUAUUUUUUAUGUUUGUGUGCUUGUGACAGGAGUGUAUUUCUUGAGGAAAAUGAUACUCACAACAAGCUUAUGAUUGUGCCCUGUCCGUAUAGUCAAAAAGGCUGCACUGUGUCUUCUUACCUUGCCAGCUUGUAGACUGGAUAUAGAAAAAAUGUAAUUCUUAAAAAUGAUUUCAAACCUUUAACAAUUAUCUGAAUGUAAAAGUUACAAUUUUAUUUUGAAGUGUGUUUUUGUAACAUUGUUAUUUGAAUAGUUGAACAAUAAGUCCUGUUGUAUUUUACUUCAUCCAGGUGGCUUGAUGAUCAUGGGUCAGAGAGAUUUCCGUAUUAGUCAGCCACCACCCUAUGUUUUCAUUAUACACUGCCCAGAACAGAAGUGCUCCGUGCGUACAACACUGUUGCUUUUGGGGAAUGUGCUUGAGUGUAUAUACCUACCUGUCAACAUUCAGUCUAAAGUGAAAAAAAUAAAUACAUUUAAUAGUUAUUGCAUAUAAUUUCCUCUCUUGGGAGGUGGAGGCUUUUUUUGCUCAUUGUAUAAAGUGUUGCAUCAAUCAUAAUGAUGAAUUGUGCAGGAGACAUAUCGUUCUAAACCUAAACGGUUAUAUUAUAUUCCCACUUAUGUACAGCCUCAACAUUGUACAUUACCAUUUGUAAGGAAUCCUACUAUAUAGAUUCCUUUGUAUCGUUCAAGGAAUGUGUAUAUACAGUGGGGCAAAAAAAAUAUUUAGUCAGCCACCAAUUGUGCAAGUUCUCCCACUUAAAAAGAUGAGAGAGGCCUGUAAUUUUCAUCAUAGGUACACUUCAACUAUGACAGAUAAAAUUAGGGUAAAAAAUCCAGAAAAUAACAUUGUAGGAUGAUUUUUUAUGAAUUUAUUUGCAAAUUAAAUUCCCUGUCUUAGGUCAGUUAGGAUCACCACUUUAUUAUAAGAAUGUGAAAUUGUCAGAAUAAUAGUAGAGAGAAUUAUUUAUUUCAGCUUAUAUUUAUUUCAUCACAUUCCCAGUGGGUCAGAAGUUCACAUACACUCAAUUAGUAUUUGGUAGUGUUGCAUUUAAAUUGUUUAACUUACCUUGAGUUUGUUGUAUUUAAGCCAUUUUGCCACAACUUUGGAAGUAUGUUUGGGGUCAUUGUCCAUUUGGAAGUGUCACGACUUCUUGUCUUGUCUUGUUUUCUUGUCUUGUCUUGUUUUCCUACGCACCUGGUUUCAAUUCCCUCAGUAUUAGACGUGUAUAUAACCCUCUGUUCCCCCCCCAUGUCUGUGUGUGGAAUUGUUUGCUGUUUCGUGUAUGUGCACGCUAGACAGGUUUGCGCUGGGUUAUGUCAACCCAUAUUUUUAGAGUUUUUAGUGCCGUGUGUUUUGUUCGCCGAAAUAAAAGGCUCCUUUGGCUACCCAA